AUUCCUCAUAGAGAUAGGUUCCAAGUUAUAGAAAGGACAUAAGGAAAGCAAACCAAUUAACAUUAAUAAUUAUGUCAACUGAAUAAAAUGGCUGAAAGAAAAGGUGUAAAAUGAAGGUUUAGGUGACUGUUGGGAAAUGUUGACAUGGAUUAAACAUUGAUGACAAGUAUAAUUUGCUUCUCUGUUUGAGACAGUAAACUUAUAUUAGUUAAAAUUCUCCGUAAUUUGAAGGCACGUGCUGAAGGAAGUAUGACGCAUGGGUGGAAAGAACAUCUUGGAUUUGGAUGGAAGACUCCAGGCCAAUUAGAGGCAACAGGAUUUCUCUAGGUUCAGAACUAGUGAAGCUGGCUAGGGGUACAGGCAGAUGGUUACAUGGGUGCUCUUACUUUGGUUGAGUUUUAAAAUUUCCAUCAUAAAGGACUUAACUGAGACCGAGUAGAAAUACAGAAGAGCUAGUCCACAUCAGAACAUAAAGGCAUCAGUUUGGAGGACACAGUGCUUUGGAGAAAGCAGAGCACAAAGGCGUUCCUCUGGCAUCUUCUGCAAUUUACUCUCCCUUCUUCCUUUCAGUGCCUUUAUUUGCUCACUGUCAUGGGUCAGCUGCUCUCUGAUGCACCUAAGGAUGAUACGUCUAAGGAUGAAGACUUAAGCUCCAGCUUUACUGAAUAUUUUAAGAAGUCUAAGGCAGAAAGAAAAAUCAUUUCUCAGGAAACCAUUGCUUCACUUGAGUUACACCUGGCACAAGGAAACAUUCGGAAGGCAAGUGCUAUAAUUGCUGAUGCAUUAAGAGAAACUUAUAGUGCUCCACUCAAUGUUGCUGUGAUAGGGGAGUCCGGAACAGGGAAGUCCACUUUCAUCAAUACCUUCAGAGGGGUUGGGCAUGAGGAGGAAAAUGCAGCUCCAAUUGGGGUGGUGGAAACAACCAUGAAGAGAACUCCAUACAAACACCCCAAAUUUCCGAAUGUGGUUAUUUGGGACCUGCCUGGGAUUGGAACAACAAACUUCCCACCAGAAGAUUAUCUGAAGAAAGUAAAAUUCAGUGGAUAUGACUUCUUCAUUAUUGUUUCCGCCACACGCUUUAUGAAAAAUGAUAUAUACCUCGCCAAGGCAGUCAGCGUGAUGAAGAAGGACUUCUACUUCGUGAGGACCAAGGUGGACAUAGAUUUAGAAAAUGAAAAGCACUGCAAACAUACAGUCGACAGCAAUAACAUCCUGUGGCACAUCCAUAGCCAUUGUGUGCAUAUGUUUAAGAAGAAUAACCUUGAAGUGCCCCCAAUCUUCUUGAUCUCGAACAGAAAUGUAUCUGACUAUGAUUUCCCAAUCCUGAAGGCCAUGCUGAAACACAGACUUUCUACUCACACACAGCAAAACUUUAUGUCUUCCUUGCCUGAUACUACAGAGGUAACCAUUGAAAGAAAGCCCAAGUCUAUGCAGCAGUCUAUCUGGAUGGAAGCUGUAAAGGAUGGAGCUUUGGCGACUGCUCCGGUGGGCAUCUUCGAGGACAGUGAUGUGGAGACGUUGAAGGUGAGUUUAAGUCACGAUAGAAUUCUUUUUGGGGUGGAUGAUGAAUCCCUGGAGGUCAUGGUGAAGGAUUCUCAAGCGCCUGUUGGACAUCUGAAGAAAAUCAUAAAAUCUCCGUAUUUGUUGGAAACUAAGAAAUUGAAAACAUUAGAAGGAAUGCUUUUAAAGUAUGCGGAAAAGAGUUCGAUCGGUAGUAGGAAACCCACCGCUACCACCACCGUCAGCCUAGUCACUGUCACAUCCCAUGAGGAGCCACAGCCACCGCUGCUAGCCUCAGUCACCACCACAUCAAACAUGGGAAGGAAGGCCAAGACCCAGCAGCCUCCCGCUGCCCCCAAACCUGCUACCCCAGGGAGCAAUGCUGUUAGUGGUGGCCUCACAUCGGUGGUGCCUGCCAGUGGAAACAAGAAGGUCAUCGCAAGGAAGGUUUUGGGAACAGUAAAAUGGUUCAAUGUAAAGAAUGGCUAUGGUUUCAUCAACAGGAAUGACACCAAGGAAGACGUAUUUGUACACCAGACUGCCAUAAAGACUAAUAACCCCAGGAAGUACCUGCGCAGUGUAGGAGAUGGAGAGACUGUGGAGUUCGAUGUUGUUGAAGGAGAAAACGGUGAGGAGGCAGCAAACGUUACAGGCCCUGGUGGAGUUCCAGUUCAAGGCAGUAAAUACGCAGCAGACCGUAAUCAUAAAAGACGCUGUCCAAGUCGUAGGGGUACUCUGCGCAAUUACCAGCAAAACUGCCAUAAUAGUGAGAGUAGGGAGAAGAAUGAGGGGUUGGAAAGCGCUCCUGAAGGCCUGGCCCAACAGCUCGGGCCCUAUCACAGCCAAAGGUUCCCACCUUCCUACAUGCAGAGCCUCUACGAUCGUCAAUUACAGUAUUCCAAUCCUUCUGAGCAGGAAGUGAUGGAGGGUGCUGACAACCAAGGUGCAGGAGAGCAAGGUAGACCAGUGAGACAGAAUACGUAUCAGUGUUACAGACCACGAUUCCGCAGGGGCCCUCCUCACCAAAGACAGCCUAGAGAGGAAGGCAAUGAAAACUACAAGGAAAAUCAAAGAGACAAGACCCAGGGUCAGCAGGCACCUCAACGGUAUCGCCGCAACUUCAAUAACCGACGCAGGCGCCCAGCGAACCCUAAACCAGAAGAUGGAGAGACAAAAAACUCUGAUCCACCAGUUGUGAAUUUAUCUGCUCCUGAGGCUGAGCAGGUUCGGGCUGAGUAG